AGCGUGUCCUGACUGGGCUGCUCGGCCCCACUGCUGGAUGUUUGUCCAAACAGGAGCAACAUUCUUGUGUGUUAACAUGGAGAAACACACGGCUGCAGUUUGUGCACUCAUUUUUUCACUCGGUGCUUAUGUGCACCUUAACACGGUUUUUACUGGGGCAGCUGAGCACAGUUUGACCGUGAUUCUUCCAAAACCAGGACACUGCCCACGUCGCCUUAAUACUGUCCCAUCACAUAAAGGGUGUGUGUGUGAUGAAGACUGUCCUGCAGACCACAAAUGCUGUGUCUUUGACUGUGGAGCUGUCUGUGUCCCUCCGGCUUUCACGAAGCCAGGAGUGUGUCCUCGCAGGCGCUGGGGUUCAGGGAUGUGCGCUGAGUUUUGCUCUAAUGACAGUGACUGCCCCGGCAGUGAGAAAUGCUGCUACAAUGGAUGUGGGCACGAGUGCAUUGCGCCAUACACAGUGAAGCCGGGGCGCUGCGCUCUGCCCCAAGGCGCGCCCAUGUGUGCCGAGUACUGCUACCAUGACGGUCAGUGCCCAGGGGAGCAGAAGUGCUGCAGGACAACCUGCGGCCACGCCUGCAGCGAGCCCUGCUGAUUGGUUGGGUCACUCAGCUACUGUACAUGUAUACCAACACAGAAAAUGUAUAAUGUUCAUGUUUUCUGUGUUUCCCUAAUAGCACACAUCAGUGCAAUACUGUAUAUGAGCACUGGCUUCUAUAGGAGAAAGUGCUUAACAACAAUAAAUGAUCAGUUUAUUUUGUAGCAAAUACUUUUAGCUUAGUUUCACUAAUGUAACCUUUAGUAAACAACAAUUAGCCUUUUUUUAGAAAAUAAUAAUUGGACCCUUAUUAGACAAUUCUUUUUCAUGUUAAGUUGCAUAAUUUUGUUAGUCAGUCCACUGAAACCAUAAUAUGUUGGGAAAAAUUAUACCUACCUUUGAAUAUUCCACCAAUCUGAGUCAUCAUGUCUGGACUGACUUUCUUAACUUCCUGUAAGGAGGCCAACACUGAAAAGGCAAACUGUUGAAAGACACAGCAACAUCUGGUGUGUGUGUGUGCGUGUGUUUUUCAAUACAGUACAAACCCCAAAUGUGUGGCAGAGAUGGCUCAAUCAGGCUGAGUUAAGUUCAGGUACACAAAUCAGUAAGACUUUGUGAAUACUCUUUGGAAAAGCAAGAACUACAGAAUAAUCUGCCAUCCUGUUGUUACGACAGGAUUGUCCACUAACAUUUGCCUUCAGUCUUUUACAUCUUGUAAGCCAAUCUGACAAAGCGCUCAUAUAAAGAAAACAGUGGCUGCUUUGGAGAGCAUCUCUGAAAAUAGAUUAGUUGGCAGGGUGCCACAUAUAGUUUUAACAAGACCAGCAGUAUCUUUGUAUUUUAACUUGAUUUGUUUACAACUUAAUAAAUCUUAAGUGUUAAAAAUGGAUGAAGAAUGUAUCUGUUCCUUGUGCAGUUUAAAGGUGUGAAGCUUUUUAUUUUUUUUGUAGUUCAACAAAUAAACAUGCUUCCA